AUACAAGUUGACAGUAGGCGAUUACUCGGCGAACAGCACCCUAGGGGACCCGCUCACCUUCUCGAGGAAUAUCAGCGGGAUGGCCUUCUCGACGCUGGACAGAGACAAUGAUAAACUCUCGCUCGACUGCGUGGAGUAUUACUCGAGCGGCGGCGGGUGGUGGUAUGCCUCCUGCUCGGACAUCAAGCCGACGGCACCGCUGACCUCCUCGGGCCGCCUCAACACUCUCAUGACGAUGUGGUGGACGACCUCGUACCCGCAGUGGACCAGCCUGAAGGAGGUCAAGUUCAUGUUCCGGCCCAAGGAGAGGUCGGAGUUCUGCAUGUUGUGAGGUGACCUGAGGUGACCUUUCUUUGAUUUUUUAUUAUUAUUAUUGUUAUUAUUGAUAUCUUUGUGUUUUUUUGAGGGGGUCUUUAUUGGACUUUGUGUUUUUUUUUAUUCUUUCUUUAUUUUAUUUUCUUGGAUUUUUUUUGUUUUUUGUUUAUUUUCUUUUUCUUUACUUUGUUUGGGUCCUUUUUUGUUAUUUGUGAUUAUAAAAAAAAUCUAUUGGUCUUUCCUUGUGUGUCUAUUUGAUUUUUUUUCUUUGUGACCUUCUCUAUGUAAUCUUUUGGAAGUUUAUUUUAAAUGUGUUCAGCUAUUAUUAUGAUUCUUUUUUGUGUGUUUCGUGUUCCAUUUUCUUAUCCUUAUCUAGUAUGUCCUUGUAUUUGUAUAACAAUGGUUUGUUAUUAAAACGUUUAAAUGUA